CCGGGCGAACCCGGAAGUCCUGCGUUCACAACACCGGAAGUCGUUCGGUCUAGCGAGCCAUGCGUACAGGAGGUUCCUCCUUUAUUUGGGUGACCGGCGACUGGGAGAGAUGAAGCUGUUGACGCACAAUAUGCUGACUUCUCACGUCCGGGGAGUGCGGCCCGGUGGGGGAUUCCCUCUUCGUAUCCAGGCCACAGAGGUGAAAGUGAACAAAGUAGAUUUCAACCCAGAGUUCACUGCUCGGAUGGUGCCCAAGGUGGAAUGGGGAGCGCUGGUGGAAGCCGCCGAGAGCUUGGGCCAUCGGUCAGACCUGCCUGCUGAGCCCCUCCCUGGUUAUGAGAAUAACGAAGAUUUUCUUCGGAAAGUGCACCACGUGUUGAUGGAGGUGGAGGUUGUGGAAGGCGUGCUGAAGUGUCCAGACACUGGCCGCGAGUUCCCCAUCACGAAGGGUAUACCCAAUAUGUUGUUGAGCGAAGAGGAGACAUGAACAGUUUGGAGCUGGUCUCAAAAGGACUGAUGCCCAUGGAAGGGCAAACCCCUUCAUUUUUUGGUUUGGAAAAAAGAAGCUGGAGCAGGUUUCAUGUGGUUGUUUUGUCCCUAUGUGUAGAAAUAAAUGAGUUAUUUGAUGUG